UAACUGUAUUUGUGUCAGUGACGUUUUUAUUGAACUUAAUGUAUUUGCAGGUAUAGGCGAUAGCGGAAAAUGCGCUCUUUGUAGCCAUUCUUGAGAUUCAUUCCCCCGGAUUAAAUAACAACACAUUUACAUUGGAAAAUUAGACAAGAAGUUUGUUAAGGAUGUGGACCAAGAGGACUUUUUCGUGCUUGGUUGGACUGGUGGUGUUGACGGGUUUUCUGAUGGUAAAAGUUACAGGACAAGACCCUCCAACGCUCGGGGGGAGAACGCUUAUCAAGGUGGAUGGAGAUCAGACGGCUGCCUCAAAUCGAGUGAGGAGAAGAGGAAAGCAAGAAUCCCUACGAGGGCCCAAUGUGUGUGGAACUCGUUUCCACUCCUACUGUUGUCCAGGCUGGAAAACCUUGCCCGGGGGCAACCAGUGUAUCGUGCCCAUAUGCCGGAGCAGCUGUGGAGAUGGAUUUUGCUCACGUCCCAACAUGUGCACAUGUCCCAGUGGCCAAAUUGCACCAAACUGUGGGACAAAGUCCACCCAGCAGUGUAACAUCAGGUGUAUGAACGGUGGCCUCUGUGCCGAGGACCACUGUCAGUGUCAGAAGGGCUACUCAGGCCCCUACUGUGGACAACCUGUCUGCGAUAGUAAGUGCCAAAACGGCGGGCGAUGCAUUGGACCCAACCGGUGUGCCUGCGUCUAUGGGUUCACUGGGCCCCAGUGUGAGAGAGACUACAGGACAGGCCCUUGCUUCACCAAGGUCAGCAACCAGAUGUGCCAGGGCCAGGUGAGUGGCAUCGUGUGCACCAAGACUCUGUGCUGUGCCACGGUGGGUCGUGCCUGGGGACACCCCUGCGAGAUGUGCCCGGCCCAGCCCCAGCCAUGCCGCCGAGGCUUCAUCCCCAACAUACGCACCGGAGCCUGCCAGGAUGUUGAUGAGUGCCAGGCCAUCCCGGGACUAUGCCAGGGAGGAAAUUGCAUCAACACUGUGGGUUCGUACGAGUGCAAGUGUCCAGCUGGCCACAGGCAGAAAGAGGGCUCCCAGAAGUGCGAGGAUGUGGAUGAGUGUGUCACCAUUGCCCGCGUGUGUGACGGAGGACAGUGUUUCAACUCGGUGGGCGGUUACUCCUGUGUCUGUCCGUCUGGCUACAUCCCAUCUCCAGACAGAACUCGCUGCAUUGACCAGCGGGCAGGCUCGUGUUUCGGCGGACUGCUGAACGGGCGCUGUGCCCAGGAGCUGCCUGGCCUCUUCAGUAAGACCACAUGCUGCUGUGACAGUGGGCGCUGCUGGGCACGAGGGGCCCUGUCUGAAAUAUGCCCCGCCCAAGGAUCAGAGGAGUACCGCCGGCUGUGUGUCGAAGGAGUCCUACCCUACCCAGAUGGAGACUUUGGAGGGAGACCGAACCCCAAUGGUGGCUACGACCCGUCCAGGCCCAAUGGUGGCUACGACCCGUCCAGGCCCAAUGGUGGCUACGACCCGUCCAGGCCCAAUGGCACAGCGACUCUGAACCAGACGAUAAACCUCUGUAAGCAGCUGCCCAACCUGUGUCUGCACGGCCGCUGCAUCUACGUGGGCUCCAGCUACUUCUGCGUGUGCAACAACGGCUACAUCCUGGACGCUCGCCUAGAAUGUGCCGAUGAAGACGAGUGUUCCUCUGACCCGUGCUCCAAUGGGGACUGCGUGAACACGGCCGGUUCCUUCUACUGCAAGUGCCACACAGGGUUCCAAAGGUUUCCAGGGAAGCAGGCCUGCAUCGACAUUGACGAGUGCCUGCACAACGGGGUUCUGUGUAAGAACGGCCGCUGUCUCAACACGGACGGCAGCUUCCAGUGCAUCUGUAACGCAGGCUUCCAGCUAACCCCAGACGGCAGGAACUGUGUCGACCAUGACGAGUGCGCUGCCACCAACAUGUGUCUGAAUGGCAUGUGUAUCAACGAGGACGGUAGCUUCAAGUGCGUGUGCAAACCCGGUUUCACCCUGGCUUCCAGUGGGCGCUACUGCACAGAUAUUGAUGAGUGUCAGACUCCAGGCAUGUGUAUGAACGGCCGCUGCAUCAACACUGAGGGCUCCUUCAAGUGUGAGUGCCUGGCAGGGCUGGCUGUGGGGGCGGACGGACGCUUCUGUGUUGACACACACGUGCGCAGCACCUGCUACGGUGCCAUAAAGAAGGGUGUGUGUGUACGGCCCUUCCAGGGAGCCGUCACCAAGUCGGGGUGCUGCUGUGCCAACACUGACUACGGCUUUGGAGAACCCUGUGCGUCUUGCCCAGCCAAGAACUCAGCUGAGUUCCAGGCUCUGUGUGGAAGUGGAACAGGCUUCUCUGUGGACGGCACAGACAUUAAUGAGUGUGCACUGGACCCUGAGAUCUGUCCCAAUGGAGUGUGUGAGAACCUAAGAGGUCGUUUCCGCUGCAUCUGUAAUACUGGCUACGAGUCCGACGACACGGGCAAGACGUGUGUGGACAUUGACGAGUGCAUGGUGAACCGGCUACUCUGCGACAACGGACUGUGCCGGAACAUUCCAGGCAGCUACAGCUGCACCUGCCCCAAGGGCUACCUCUUCAGGCCGGACUCGGAGACAUGCGAAGAUGUGAACGAGUGUGAAAACAGCCCCUGUGCUAACGGACAGUGUAGGAACACAGCCGGCUCCUUCACCUGCGAGUGCUCCCCGGGGGGCAAGCUGGACACCACAGGACUCAUCUGCAUUGACAGCCUAAAGGGGACCUGUUGGCUGAAUAUCCAAGAUGGCCGCUGCGAGGUCAACAUCAACGGCGGAACCCUCAAGUCAGAGUGCUGUGCCACCCUGGGCGCUGCCUGGGGAAGUCCCUGUGAGCAGUGUGAGAUAGAUCCCAUCUGUUCCAGAGGCUACGCUAGGCCGCGAGGAGUCAAAUGUGGAGAUGUGAACGAGUGCGUGGUCUUCCCAGGUGUGUGUCCCAACGGGCACUGUGUAAACACCAAGGGCUCCUUCAAAUGCCAGUGUCCUGAUGGUCUCACACUGGACUCCAGUGGCCGAGUGUGUGUGGACGUGCGGUCUGAGCACUGCUACCUGACGUGGGAAGAGGACUCGUGCGCCAAGCACGUGCCCGGGCGUUUCCGCAUGGACGCCUGUUGCUGCACGAUGGGCGCCGCCUGGGGGAAGGAGUGCGAGGCGUGCCCCCUGCCUGGCACCUCCGAGUAUGACGCCCUCUGCCCCAGAGGCCCAGGCUUCGCCAACCGAGGAGACGUCCUCACCGGAAGGCCCUUCUAUAAAGACAUCAAUGAGUGUAAGGUGUUCCCCAGCAUGUGUGUGUAUGGCAAAUGCCGCAACACCAUAGGCAGUUUCAGGUGCCACUGCGCCGGAGGGUUUUCCCUCGAUAUGGAAGAGCGCAACUGCACAGACAUCGAUGAGUGUCGUAUCUCUCCGGACCUGUGUGGCCAAGGGGUCUGUGUCAACACUCCUGGUAGUUUUGAUUGUGAGUGCUUCGAGGGCUAUGAGAGUGGCUUCAUGAUGAUGAAGAACUGCAUGGACAUAGACGAGUGUGAGCGCGACCCCUCCCUGUGUCGUGGGGGGUCUUGUGAGAACACAGAGGGCAGCUACGAGUGUGCAUGCCCCCCAGGAUUCCAGCUCAGCGUGGACGGGGCAGUGUGCGAGGAUUACAACGAGUGCGAGCAGAGCGUCAGCCUGUGUCGGAACGGCCAAUGUGUGAACGUGGCCGGUACCUACCACUGCUCUUGUGACUCUGGUUACCAAGCAACUCCUGACAGACAGAGCUGCGUAGAUAUUGAUGAGUGUACCAUUGGGAACGGCGGCUGUGACCUGCACUGCACCAACUCAGAGGGGAGCUAUAAGUGUAGCUGCAACAAUGGCUAUGCCCUGAUGACAGACGAGAGAAGCUGCUCUGAUGUGGAUGAGUGUGAGCAGGAGCCUGAUAUAUGUGAUGGAGGACAGUGCACUAACAUCCCAGGGGAGUACCACUGUCUGUGCUACGACGGCUUUAUGACUGCCCUGAACAUGAGGCUCUGCAUAGAUGUGAACGAGUGUGACCUGAACUCCAACAUCUGUAUGCACGGCGAGUGCGAGAACACCAAGGGAUCCUUCAUCUGCCACUGUCAGCCUGGCUACUCAGUCAAGAAGGGAACUUCUGGAUGCACAGACAUGGAUGAGUGUGAGAUCGGGGCCCACAACUGUGACGUCAACGCCAACUGUGUCAACACCCCUGGGGACUUCCGCUGUUCCUGCCGAGUCGGCUGGGUUGGCAACGGAGUCAACUGUAUCGAUAUGGAUGAGUGCACCAAUGGGACAAGCCACUGCAGUGCCAACGCCAAGUGUCUGAACACACCCGGCUCCUACCGCUGUGCCUGCGCUCAGGGCUACACUGGAGAUGGCUUCACCUGUUCAGACGAGGAUGAGUGUGCAGAGAACGUGAACCUAUGUGAGAACGGCCAGUGUCUCAACACCCUGGGGGGUUACCGCUGUGAGUGUGAGAUGGGCUUCACCCCCGCUCCGGACAGCCGCACCUGCCAAGAUAUUGAUGAGUGCACCUUCCAGAAUAUCUGUGUGUUUGGCACGUGUAAGAACAUCCCCGGCAUGUUCCGCUGUAUCUGUAACGACGGCUAUGAGCUGGACCGCUCCGGAGGCAACUGUUCAGACGUGGACGAGUGCCUGGACCCCAUCAACUGUGUGAACGGGCUGUGUGUGAACGUCGACGGUUCCUACGAGUGUAACUGUCCUCCAGACUUUGAACUCAACCCUACUGGGGUGGGGUGUGUAGACACACGUGUGGGGAACUGUUUCCUGGAGCAUGGACCCAGGGGCGACGGGCUGUCCUGCAGCGUGGAGGUGGGGGUGGGAGUCAGUCGCUCCUCCUGCUGUUGCUCCCUGGGACGUGCCUGGGGAGGCCCCUGUGAACUCUGCUCUGCUCCCAACUCCUCGGACUAUAAUACACUCUGCCCAGGAGGAGAGGGUUUCAGGCCCAACCCAGUCACCAUCAUACUAGAAGACAUAGAUGAGUGUCUGGAGCUGCCAGGCCUGUGUCAGGGAGGAAACUGUGUCAACACGUUUGGCAGCUUCUCGUGUGAAUGUCCUCCUGGCUACUACCUCAACAUAGACAGUCGCAUCUGUGAAGACAUUGACGAGUGUGUGGUGAAUCCUGGAAUCUGCGGUCCUGGCACCUGCUACAACACACUGGGGAACUACACCUGUGUGUGUCCACAGGAUUACAUGCAGAUCAAUGGGGGCAACAACUGCAUGGACAUGAGAAAGAGCCUGUGCUACAGGAACUUCAACGGCACAACGUGUGAGAACGAGCUGGCCUUCAACCUCACCCACAAGAUCUGCUGCUGUGCCUACAACGUGGGCAAGGCCUGGAACAAGCCCUGUGAAGCCUGCCCUACCCCUGGCACUGAUGACUAUAAGACGCUUUGUGGAAACAUCAUCCCUGGCUUCAAACUGGAUAUUGAAACUGGGAGAGCAGUGGAUAUUAAUGAGUGCAGUGAGAUUCCAGGUAUCUGUGCUAACGGGGUCUGUAUCAACCAGAUAGGGAGCUUCCGCUGCGAGUGUCCCACUGGCUUCAGCUACAACGACCUGCUGAUCAUCUGUGAAGACGUUGAUGAAUGUAGCAGCGGGGAGAACCUGUGCCAGAGGAACGCUGACUGUAUCAACAGCCCUGGGAGCUACCGCUGUGAAUGCUCAGAGGGCUUCAAUCUCUCCCCCAUAGGAGCCUGCAUCGACCGCAACGAGUGUCUGGAGAUCCACAGCCUGUGUAGCCAUGGCGAGUGCGUGGACAUCCAGGGGGGCUACGAGUGCCGGUGUCACCACGGCUUCAAGGCUACGCCCAACCGCAGGAUGUGCAUGGAUGUCGACGAGUGCGAGCGGUUGCCUUGUCGGAACGGGACCUGCAAGAACACGGUGGGCUCCUUCAACUGUCUGUGCCACACUGGGUUUGAGCUUUCACACCACAACGACUGCAUGGAUAUUGACGAGUGCCAGACAUCCUUUGGCACGCUGUGCAGGAAAGGCCAGUGUAUCAACAGUGUGGGCUCCUUCCAAUGUCUGUGUGAGGAGGGCUACGAGCUAACCCCUGACGCCAAGAAUUGUAUGGAUGUGAACGAGUGUGUGAUCUUCCCCAGGACAUGCACUCCCGGAACUUGCCAAAACCUGGACGGCACCUUCCGUUGUCUCUGUCCCCCGGGCUACAUCGUCCAGAACGAGCAGUGUAUAGAUGUCAACGAGUGUGAAGAAGACCCUAACAUCUGCCUGUUUGGCUCCUGCUUCAACAACCCGGGCAGUUUCCAGUGUGUGUGCAGGCCUGGCUUCGUGCUGUCUGAGAACGGUCGCAGGUGUUACGACACCAGAGAGAGUUACUGCUUCACCCGCUUUGAGAACGGCAAGUGCUCGGUGCCUCAGGCCUUCAACACCAGCAAGGCCAAGUGUUGCUGCAGCACUAUGCCCAAGGAGGGCUGGGGAGACCCCUGUGAACUUUGCCCCAAGAAGCAGGAUGUGGCGUUCCAGCACCUGUGUCCCUUCGGCCAUGGCAUAAUCACUGGGAUUGGAGACACACGCAUAGACCUGAAUGAGUGUGUGGAGAACCCAGGCAUCUGUCACAACGGCCACUGUAUCAACACAGACGGCUCUUUCCGCUGCGAGUGUCCCAUGGGCUACACCCUCAACUACACUGGAGUGCACUGCAUUGAUAUUGACGAGUGUUCGGUGGGGAACCUAUGUGGGAACGGGACGUGCUCUAACGUGAUUGGAGGGUUCGAGUGUAACUGUGAGGAGGGCUUUGAGCCAGGCCUCAUGAUGACCUGUGAAGACGUAAACGAGUGUGCUACCAGCCCCCUGCUGUGUGCAUUCCGCUGCAUCAACACCUUCGGAGGCUACGAGUGCAUGUGUCCCGACGGCUACACUCUGAGAGACAACCAGAGGAUGUGCCAGGAUCUGGAUGAGUGUUACGAGGGGCUCCACGACUGUGAGUCCAGAGGCAUGACCUGCAAGAACCUCAUUGGCACCUUCGUGUGUGUGUGCCCGCCGGGGAUGGUGCGGCGCCUGGACAACGAAGUGUGCGAGGAUGAGAAUGAAUGUCGUAGCAAGCCGGGGAUCUGUGAGAAUGGUCGUUGCAUCAACACUAUAGGCAGCUACAUGUGUGAAUGUGGAGGCGGCUAUGAGUCUGACUCUACACGGACACAGUGUCUCGACUACAGGGAGGGCUUCUGCUUUACCGAGGUGCUCAUGACUAUGUGCCAGAUGUCUUCCAGCAGCCGGACCCCCACCACCAAGUCCCAGUGCUGCUGUGAUGGGGGCCGCGGCUGGGGCAACCAGUGUGAGCUCUGUCCCCUGUCUGACACGGCAGGCUACAAGAAGCUCUGCCCUCACGGCCCGGGAUACGCCACCGACGGCAUGGAUAUAGACGAGUGUAAGGUCAUCCCUGACACGUGUAAGAAUGGACGCUGCAUCAACACCAUGGGAUCCUACCGCUGCCACUGUAAGCUGGGCUACACUGCCACCAUCACUGGAACAGCCUGCGUGGAUCUGGAUGAGUGUGUCAUGUCCCCCAAGCCGUGUAAUUUCAUCUGUAAGAACACUGAGGGGAGUUACACUUGCUCCUGUCCCCGUGGUUACGUGCUCCAAGAGGACGGCAGGACCUGCAAAGAUUUGGACGAGUGCCAGACCAAGAGGCACAACUGUCAGUUCAUGUGUGUCAACACCGUGGGUGGAUUCACCUGCAAGUGUCCCUCUGGAUUCACCCAGCACCACACUGCAUGCAUAGACAAUAAUGAGUGUGUGGGAGAGCCCUCCCUGUGUGGCACCAAGGGCAUCUGUCAGAACUCCCCUGGCAGCUUCAACUGUGAGUGCCAGAGGGGUUACGAACUGGACGACACCGGACUGCACUGUGAUGACGUGGACGAGUGUGACAGUAACCACAGGUGCCAACAUGGCUGCCAGAACAUGCUGGGAGGCUACCGUUGCAGCUGCCCUCAGGGCUACACACAGCACUACCAGUGGAACCAGUGUGUUGAUGAGAACGAGUGCUCCAACCCAGGCAGCUGUGGAUCGGCCUCCUGUUACAACACGUUGGGCAGCUUCAAGUGCGCCUGCCCCUCAGGCUACAGCUUCGACCCAUUCAGCAGCAGCUGUCAGGAUGUCAACGAGUGCUCCAACAAGCACCCCUGUAACUAUGGUUGCUCUAACACCGAGGGAGGCUACCUGUGUGGCUGCCCGCCAGGCUAUUUCCGCAUGGGCCAAGGUCACUGUGUGUCAGGCGUGGGCUUUGGGAAGGGCCAGUAUGAGGGGCUGGUGAUGGAGGGUCCAGAGAUGGAAGACAACACAGAGACCUGCUACGAGUGUAAGAUCAACGACUACCCCAAGAAGCACGGCCGCAAGAGGCGCGACGCCAACGGAACGCAACCCAUAGAGCACAACCAGGUGAGCCUUGCCAGUCUGGACAUGGAAGUUCCUGUGACCCUGCUGCUCAACGUGUCCCAGCUCAACCCCAAGGAGCACAUCCUGGAGCUGGUGCCCGCCAUCAAGUCCCUAGUGGGCCACGUGUACUACGUCAUCACCGGCGGCAACCACAACGGCCUGUUCCGCAUCCAGCAGCGUGACGGCCUCUGCUACCUGCACAGCACCAAGAGGAAUUGGGCACUGGCGGCACCGCAGGAGUACACGCUGGAGAUCGCCAGCUCGCCGCUCUACGGAAAAGCCCAGUUCAAAGAGCUGGAGGACCUUCGGGACCAAGACUACCUCACGGGGGAACUGGGGGAGAACCUGCGCAUGAGGCUGCACAUCCGACUGCAGUAGCUGGAGGGGGAUUGAGGAAACACCCACUGUUUUCCCUUCAAACUGAUGCGUUUCAGUUCACCAGCGUUUUAAAGCCAAAAGAUAUGUGGAGGGGAUGUUUUUUUAUUUUAUUUUAUUUUUGCAUUUUUUGACCUCAAAGUACUGUCUGGAAUCUCUCUAAUUGUUAUUUUAGUGGAAAAAAAAUAUCAGAAUUGGGUUGCCUGUGUAAACACAGCCUAGGAAAAGAGAGUGACUCAAAGCAUGAACAUGAGACGUUACAUCUUUCCCAGGUUCUCCCUCGCUGUGAGUGACCUCAUGCCGUGACCAUGUACACGAGUGAAAGACCAGGAGCAAGACAUGAUGUUCAAAUUAGUUUAGUUGGUCAGUUCAUGGUAAGGAAAUAGCAUCUGAUAUUCUGGUGAUAAGCAGGCUCUGAAAAUUCACACAACUAGUACAUAUGUAGCAUGGUGGGUUGGUACAAUACAGUUGACAAUGUUAUGGAGGUCAGCUUGGUUAUUUGAGUGACUACACACAUUUUUUACCUGUCCCAGCUCUUGGUGAAUUCAUAGUUCACAGUCGCACAUUAAUUUUGUAAUGGUUCCGACAGACCAUUGCAGCUCUGCGGCUGUGAACUUAUGAAUUGAGCAUUACAGGGCAUAGCAUCCUCCUGUAAGAUUUUGUAGAAAAUUGUCAAUAUGGAAUUGGUGCCUCGAAAAGGGAGACUGCCAUUUUAAGACCCAACAUGGAAUCACAUCAUUAUAAAUAAUAAUAAUAAUCAAAAAAAUGUGUAUUCUUACAUAUGUACAUAUUAACAAUCAGUAUUUCAAUUAUUGUGAACUGAUUUUUUUUGUAUUUAUUUUAGUACUUGACAUGGUAGUAUUUAAAACAAAGAUGUACACUAUGGGUCAAAUUCACAUCUAUUAAAAUGACACAAAAAAAGGGGCAUUUCCAUUUUUACACACUCUCCAUUUUGUAUUCUCUACGUAUAUUACACAAACACCCAUCAGCUGUUAACACGUUUUGUCUAAUAUACAGGAGUAUGAAUGUUCAUAUUGCACAAUUACCUCAACUAUUUGUCUCUACAGACAAGGCUAUGAUCAAUGAAAGCAUGUAUCAAUCCAAUUUCUUAAAUCAGCUGUUAAGGAUAUGGGUUAAUAUAAUAUAUUUUUUUUUAUGUUGAAUGAAAAUUCUAAUAGGAGUCAUUGAGAAAGAGGUUGUCCUAUGCCACUUGGGGAUGCUUACUCAUUGAAACGUUUGACCAAAGAGAAGUGUUCUUAAAGUAAGAAAUAUGAAUAUGUCUGCAGGUGUUAUGUACGGUCACAUGUAAUCAAUGACACCUUGUUGUCUCUUUGCUUUGAGAUUGUCUUCCAUUCAAAAGCUUUUAUUUUAGUUUAUUUCAGUUCACAAAAUGUAAGUCCCUUUUGGUUGGAGGAUUUCUAUACUCGCUAAGAAGCAAUAGCAAGUAGCCCACAGGAACCAGGACAUUUUUUUGUCAUUUUGUUUCCGUGUUUACAUAUAUCUACACAGAAAAAAAUCUAACAGGGGUACAGUCAAUGAUGUAUAUAAAAACUAGAUCACUCAAAGGGGGUGUUGUUUUGAAGCCACUGCGCCGCCAUCUUUGUUCUCCUCCAUCAUUGUUUUAAAGGUUUUUUUUUUGGGGGGGGGAAGAUAUAGAACUGCAUUUAUCAAUGUCUAUAUUGCAGACACCUUAUUGCAUACUUUUACAUUAUAUUAUGUGACCUGGACUAACCCUUAAAGUAUACUUUGUUGAGAGUACUGUUACUGUCCCCACUACAACAAAUAAAUACCUAGAUGCAUUUAAUUUUGUCCUUUAGAAUUCCAUUCAUUCAAAUCAAAUCUAAUCAAAUCAAAUGUAUUGGUCACAUGCGCCGAAUACAACAGGUGCAGACAUCACCAGCGGAGAACUGCGGCUUAUGAGGGGUACACUCUUAGGAUAAGUUCCAAAAGGGUUAUUUCGGCUGUCCCCAUAGGAGCCAAAAAGGGGUGUCUUCAAAUGGUUAUCCUAUGGGGACAGCCGAAUAACUCUUUUAGGUUCUAGAUAGAACCUUUUUUUUUCUAAAAGUACCAAUAUGGUGGCAAUGGCUUCAGAGCCUCUCGUUGGCCAACACAUAGCAUAAGCAAUCUAGUAUUUAUAUACAUCAUUGGGUACGACUAAUCAUGUAAGUACUCAAACAUGCAACAGCCUUUUGUUCUACCGUUUUUUUGUGCCGAUGUCCUACUAACAAUGUGUAAAACAGUUACGCAAUAAUGUUCAAUCGACAGUAAGUAGGAGAAUUGCUACUAGUAUUAUAAAUGCUUCCUAGUUAGGAUGUUUUUAAUGAAACCAUUAAACAAUAUACAUGUACUGUAGCAAUGUUGAACUGGUGCUCAAUGAUGACAGUACUGUAUACACAGACAUUUUCAGAAAUUUCAAACCGACUGCAUCGAUGCAAAGACUUAACAUUCAUGUCAAAACAAAUGUAUUACAGUGUGUUUGUUGUUGUAAUUUUGUACUCUUAACUGAAAGUAUUUUUAACAUGUUACCACACAGUUGCUCAAAAAUAGAUAUGUGUGAAUCUUUGUACUGAUGUCCAGUUUUAUUCAUUGUCAAUCUUUUUACAGUAAAGGUGUUGUUUUUGA